AUGGUGGUUAUAGGAGAAACGAUUGUUAAAGAAGGGGGUGACAUCACAUACAAGGACAUGAUUGACGAGCCACAUUUAGAAGACUCCCAGAUCCAGAAAAUGUUCGCAGGAGCCUCGGUGUUUAUAACUGGUGGCACUGGAUUCCUUGGGAAACUCUUUAUUGACAAAUUACUCAGAUCUUCUCCUGGCCUAAAAAAGUUGUACGUUCUCGUCAGAGCCAAGAAAAACAAGGAGCCAGUAAAGAGAUUAGAGGAGCAAUUGAAUGAUGUUCUAUAUGAUCGACUUCGGAAGGAACAGCCCGACUUUAUCAAAAAAAUUUACGUGGUUGAGGGAGAAGUCAACGAAGAGAAUUUAGGGAUGUCUGAAGCGGAUAGGCAGCUGCUUAUCAAUGAGGUGGAUUUCAUAUUCCAUGGGGCUGCUACUGUUCGUUUCGACGAGCCUUUAAAGGUCGCUGUCGGAACCAACGUUCGAGGGUCCAGGGAAAUGCUGGUACUCGCCAGGGCUUGUACAAAGUUGAGAGCAUACGUACACAUCUCAACUGCCUACAGCUACUGCACACAACUUAAUAUUGACGAAAAGUUCUACAAAAGCUCACUAGAGGGCGACAAACUAAUUGACUUGGUCGAAAACAUGGAUGACGCUAUUUUGAAAGACAUCACGCCUGGGUUGGUGGGAAAUUAUCCCAACACAUACGCUUAUACAAAAGCAGCCGCCGAAGAUGUAGUCUUAAAAUAUUCUAAGGGACUACCAGUCGCCAUGGUCAGGCCAUCUAUUGUUAUCGCUACAGCAAGAGACCCAAUUGUAGGAUGGAUUGACAAUGUAUACGGACCUACUGGGGUAGUUGUUGGUGUAGCAGUUGGCCUUCUUCGAGUGCUACUGUGUAACCGUCAUGCAGUCGCCGACCUGGUACCAGGCGAUAUGGUUGUGAACGCAUGUAUUGCUACUGCCUGGAAAACUGCAAAAGAUUAUCCUGGAAACCAUGAGGAUGCUCCUCCUCUUGAUCAAGCUCCGCCUGUGUAUAAUUUUGUUUCUUCAGAAGAAAAUCCACUUACUUGGGAUAAUUUCUUGGAACUAAACCAUCGUUACGGUUUUGAAGUACCCACUAUUCAAGCUGUAUGGCAUUACAUCUUACUCUUCACAACUUCUGAAUACUUAUUCAAUUUCUACUGUCUUCUACUACAUUGGAUACCUGCUUACAUCAUUGACGGCAUUGCUGUACUUAUUGGGAAAAAACCUGUAUUGAAAGUUGCGUACCAUAAAAUAGAAAAAUUCUCACGCGUCAUUGGCUACUUCUCGUGUCGGUCCUGGAAGUUCUCCAAUCAAAACGUCCAGAGUUUAUAUAAAGAACUAUGCGACGCAGAUAAAGAUAUUUACGACUUUAAUAUCGCGCAAUUAGACUGGAAGAUGUAUUUCUAUAAUCAAGUUCGGGGAAUAAGGUUGUAUUUGCUCAAGGAUCCUAUGGAGACGGUGCCACAAGGACUAAAACGGUAUUUGAAACUAAAAGUAGCUCAUUAUUUCAUUUUAGCGAUUUUAUGUCUUAUUGUAUUCAAAUUAAUGAGUUGGAUAAUUUGCAUGUUUUUAUAA